AUGAAUUUUCAAAUUCUCCUCGCAGCCCUUCCCCUGUUGGCUAGCCUUUGCAAUGGUCAAUCUUCCUUCGCCUCGCUCGGCUAUGAUCAGUUGUGCCCCGCAAAGAAUGGCCAAGAAGUCGAAAUCGAACCUGGCUUGUUUGUAACCUACCAUUGCGAUCAAGCCUCACCCACCUCAGUCCGUGCCGUUGGACACUAUGCAAGGAACCCGGACGACUGUAUCCUUGGCUGUGAGCAGAGCGAUGGGUGUGUCGGAAGCAUGUGGAGCGCUCGACCUGGUUCUGCAUGCUCCCUAGUCGAGCAUUCUAGCCAGCCCGAGCUGCGAAGCAGAACUCGAGUAGUGUACAUGAGCUACCGUAGGGCUGAGGAAUCGGAGGCCCCAUCAUGCCCGGAGGCUCCAGAAUGCCCAGAGGCUCCAGAAUGCCCAGAGGCUCCAGAAUGCCCAGAGGCUCCAGAAUGCCCAGAGGCUGAUUGUGGGACUCAGAUUGAAGCUUGCGAAAAUAACAGCCAACUUCUCCAGAACUCUUUAAACACCUGCCAAGCAGGAGAAGACGCGUGGCAAAAGAAGCAUAAUGGGUUGAAUCAGUGCCCCACCAAGGACAACAAAACAGUCACCCACGGAAAUUGGACUUACAAGAUUUACUGCAACAAACGAACCAGGGGAUUUACUCAGCUUAGGUUAACUGCGGAUGGGUUUGAUGAUUGUCUUAAUGCUUGUUCUGCCGAUUCUAGAUGCAAAGCUGUGCACUAUGUCGUCAACUGGGAAACUCCUUGCAAGUUGCUGGCGUCGAUAAACCGGAAUUUGGAGCCGCAACUUAGCGAAACCGUCCAGAUUGCGGCUGUUCCGACCAGACCUAAAUAG